AUGAAAAGUAUGGAAACAAGAGCGAAUUUAAGGGCUAGGGUGUCCCCCUCACGCGACGACACUGUGAUCACGAAUGCAGCAAAUGCUAGGGCUUUCCCCCGAAGCGACGCAAAGGUCAAUGCCGCGCACCAAUUUAACCAGAAACUGCGCAUUGCAAACUGGAACGUGGGCUCAAUGACCGGACGCAGCUCAGAGCUAAGUGAAGUCCUUCUAAGAAGACGUGUAAACAUCUGCUGUAUACAAGAGACAAUAUGGAAGGGGUCCAAGUCCCGUGAUAUUAGAAACGGCUUCAAGCUACUCAAUAACGGCUCAAUCACAAAUAAAAACGGAGUGGGCAUUGUGAUUGAUCAAGACCUACAGGAGCACGUAGUCAACCGCGGAAGCGACAGGCUCAUGGCAAACAAAUUUGUCCUCGAUAAUCAGCCAUGCAUGAAUAUCGUAUCAGCGUAUGCACCACAAACUGGGUGCACAACAUCUGAAAAAGAAAUCUAUUGGAACGACCUGGCUGACCUAAUACAGUCGAUACCCUCUACAGAAACAAAAUACAUCCUGGGAGACUUCAAUGGGCAUAUAGGACAAACAUCACCUAUCAACGCGAGAGUGCAUGGAGGUUUCUUUUGUACGAGCACCCAAGUCGACUAUAUAAUGGCAGACCGACACCUUCUCAAAAUCUUUCGCGACUGCAAAGUGAUACCAGGGGAGAAUCUUACAUCACAACAACGACUACUGGUUGCAGACUAUAACAUGCCAAGAGCAAUAAAAGUGAGAAAAGAAAAAAGGGCACCAAAAAUCAACUGGCAUAAACUAGUUAGAGAAGAAGGGCAGAAGCUAUGCUCAGACCUCGUGGCGCACUUAGAGUAA